CAGAGCCGGGCACCCCGCCCGUGGGCGUCCCCGCGGUCUCUGCCCGAGCUCGUGCGCCCCGCUUCUCGGGCUCCGGGCAUCUCGGGUGCCCAGGCCUCCCAGGGUCAGCCUUCGCCACGCGGCGGGCUGCUUGUCGGGUGGCCCGCGGGCGGCCAGGGCUAGAGCGCUCGGGCAGUGCCUUCGCUGCAGGGGCUCCGGCGGGAGGGCGCGGCGUUUCGGCGACCCUCCGUGGUCACACGGGCCAGGAGGACGCGAGCCCGAAGCCGAGCGCCGCGCGAGCCGAAGGAAGGGAAAGGGGACUUUUCCUUGGGAAAUGACAAAGGUGCCCCCAGGGAGUGGGGCCCCGCGCACGCGGACGGAGAGCUGGAGAAGACUGGGGUGUGAGCACACCCGCCAUACGUUCUCACUAAGUGCGAUCCCGCUAGUGUUGGGGGGAAGGCCUCACGUUAGAAAAGAAGUUCUUGACCUCUCACGGGGGCGCCGCGGGGCAGCGAAGAGACUGCAUUUCCUAGACUAAACCCUGGAGCAUCACUGGAGGCUGUAUGAGGGACCAUCUUUCCGGGGCAGUUCAUCCGGAAGGAAGCACCUGAAAUGGAUAAAAGUUGCGGUUUUUGUUACUUCUCAUGAGUUUGUGUGUCUCGAAUGAAAACUAUGAAAUUAAUCUAGAGUAGGACAUUUGUAAGGACGUGGAAUGGUACUGGGCAUCCAGGAGGACCUGCAAGGAAUAACUGAGGAAUAUCAGAAACACCAGUAGAGAAACCUUUUAAAUUUCUUCAAGCGGGAGAAAAAUGACGUAAAAUCAGGUCCUUUUGGAAGGGGAGAAACCACACUGCAUCUCUGCUACACAAGAUUACUCUGCCUAUGCCCUUGAGGCUUUUAUACUCCCUUCUCAAGCAGUAUUUUGCACAUAGACUUAUCUCACUUGGGUUUGUUCUUGUGGACAUAUCUUGCCUCUCUCCUGCUGUCUCUUUCUCUGUUGAGUUAGGGAGAGUAUGCAGGUAUUCCCAUUAUUCCUGACUGGUGCUGCUGUAUGUGUCAAGAAAGAGGAGAAUGGGGUUCUGAAAACAGACUGUCCAUAUCUUGCAGGAGCUACAGCUAGGUAGCGCUUUGAUGGUUCUCUGAGUUCUUAAGAUCUUCAUCUCUAGGCUAGCACUUCCAACAUGAGCCUUUAUCCCUUUUGGCCCACUCCCCCUCCUUCCGUACAAAUGCUGGUGCCUUUGGGGGCUUUAAGCUAGUCUUUUUGUUUUGCUUUUAUUUUUUUUUCCAAUCCGGCAAGGCUUUUCCCUUUUCUUCUCCUGUUGGUUGUUUGAAACCAAAUUCAGUAUGAAUAAGAGAGGGAAAUAUACAACAUUGAAUUUGGAGGAGAAGAUGAAGGUUCUCAGCAGGAUUGAAGCUGGACGAUCUCUUAAAAGUGUAAUGGAUGAAUUUGGAAUCAGUAAAUCAACAUUUUAUGACAUCAAAAAGAAUAAGAAAUUGAUUUUGGACUUUGUACUGAAGCAGGACAUGCCAUUAGUAGGGGCUGAGAAGAGAAAGAGGACAACAGGAGCCAAAUAUGGUGAUGUGGAUGAUGCAGUCUACAUGUGGUACCAACAGAAACGCUCAGCUGGCAUCCCUGUUAGAGGUGUGGAGCUUCAAGCUGCUGCAGAGAGAUUCGCACAGUGUUUUGGGCGAACAGACUUUAAAGCUAGCACUGGUUGGCUUUUUAGAUUUCGAAAUAGGCAUGCAAUUGGGAAUCAAAAAGUAUGUGGGGAACAAGCCCUAAGUUCGGCUUCAGAAAAUGUUGAGCCAUUUCGACAAAAUCUAUACAUGCUUAUCAAAGAGGAGAAGCUGAGUGUAGCUCAGCUGUACAGUGGGGAUGAAACUGACCUCUUUUGGAAGUCAAUGCCAGAAAACAUUCAGGCAAGCAGAAAAGAGAUCUGCCUGCCUGGGAGGAAAAUAAACAAAGAACGGUUGUCUGCUCUUUUAUGUGCAAAUGCAGAUGGAACUCAUAAAUUAAAGUCAAUCGUUAUUGGAAAAUCAAAGCUGCCCAAAAGUGUGAAAGAGGACACAAGUACAUUACCUGUGAUAUAUAAACCUAGUAAGGACGUUUGGUUCACCAGAGAAUUGUUUUCAGAAUGGUUCUUUCAAAACUUUGUUCCUGAGGUCAGGCAUUUUCAACUUAAUGUUUUAGGAUUCCAUGAAGAGGAUGUCAGGGCCAUGUUACUUCUGGACAGUUCUCCAGUUCACCCCUCCACCGAAUCACUAACCAGUGAGGAUGGGCGGAUAAAAUGCAUGUUCUUUCCCCAUAAUACUUCAACCUUGAUUCAACCAAUGCAUCAAGGCGUGAUCUUGAGCUGCAAACGACUUUAUAGGUGGAAGCAACUUGAAGAGAGUCUUGUAAUUUUUGAAGAAAGUGAUGAUGAGCAAGAUAGAGGAGAAAAAGGAGUUUCCAAGAUUAAAAUCUACAACAUAAAAAGUGCAGUUUUUAACUGGGCAAAGAGUUGGGAUGAAGUAAAACAAAUAACCAUAGCAAAUGCAUGGGAAAAUCUUCUUUACAAAAAGGAACCUGAAUAUGAUCUUCAGGGCUUAGAAGAUGGAGAUUAUAGAGAAAUCCUUGAGAAAUGUGGGGAGUUGGAAAGCACAUUGGCCGAUGACAGGGUGUGGAUUAAUGGGGAUGAUGAAGAAAAGGGUAGCUCCCCAAAGCCAAAAAGUGGAAUUACAAAGGAAGUUAUUCAGAAAGGAGGAGGAGAUGAAGAACAGACUGCUGAAUUUCAAUUAUCUGCUGUAAGAGAGAGGUUGGACUACCUACUUGACUUCGUUGAUGCCACACCUGAGUUUCAAAGGUUCCAUUUCACACUGAAAGAGAUGCAACAAAAAAUAAUAAAAAAACAGUUCCAGAGUAGAAUCCAUUCUAGAAUUGGUAGUUUUUUGAAACCCAGGCCUUGUAUUGUCAAGGAUUCCUUCAAUAUGCCUUCAACUUCUAGUAAUUAGAUCUCGUGUUUAAAGAUUUGUAUAGUUGUAUGAUGCAGACCUGUUGUGAAUUGUCAUGGUUUUUAUCAACUUAUUUCACUUUGCAUAGCACUGCCCACUUAUAUAUUGUUUAGAAAACAAGAUUUUAAAAUAUUUUUUCUUUAAAGUAUAAAAACAUUCAUUAAUCCAUUUUUGUUUCUGUUAUAGACAGAAAGAUCUGAAUAGAUAGAAGAUCUGAAUAAUGAAGAGUUAUUGUCCCAGAUUAUCUUAGGUGUAAUGGAUGUGGGAAUAGCAUUACAUUAUAUUUUAUUCAGGCCAUUAACCAGGAAGCCAUAUGCUGAUAUAUAAAAUAAAAAGAAUAGAUUUGGUUGGUUUUCAGUUUAA